CUGAAAUGAACAUUAUGUCCAAAAAGUGUGGAUAGCUAGCUAGCUAGCCGUAGACUGCUUCGAUCGCUUCUGAAAGCUAACGUUAGGUAACUUGCGCUAAACCCAACAUUUAAGAAUGCCCCAGACGAACAAGUCCAAAAGUGCCGCCACGGAAUCCAGUCAGCUCUGUGGUCCGGACCGGGCUGAACAACACCAGCCUGCCGAACCCAGAGAUCAAGGCGAACUGGGAGCUAACGAAGGAGGUUGUGAGGACAACCCAGGAGACACUCAGAUAAUCAAAUCGCCGAGUGACCCAAAGCACUACAGGUACAUCGAGCUGAGCAACGGACUGAGAGCUCUCCUCAUCUCAGACUUUAGCGGUGCAGGGAAAGGCAGCCCCAAAGACUCUGACAAUUCAGGAGAGGAGGGAGAGGAGGAGGAGGAGGACAGUGGGGAAGAGGAAGAGGACUCCGGAGGGGGCACUGAAGAGGAGUCUGAUGAUGAGCAUGAUAGUGACUUUGAGGAUCUGGAAGAGGAUGAUGAUGGGAAGAAGAAAAAGGGCUGCUCAGAAAAACAGUCUGCAGCCGCUCUGUGCAUUGGAGUGGGGAGUUUCAGUGACCCAGACGACCUGCCUGGCCUGGCCCAUUUUCUUGAACACAUGGUGUUUAUGGGAAGUGAGAAGUACCCUGCUGAGAAUGGCUUUGAUGCAUUUCUGAAGAAACAUGGAGGCAGUGACAAUGCCUCCACAGACUGUGAGAGAACCAUCUUCCAGUUUGAUGUCCAGAGGAAACACUUCCGGGAGGCACUGGACAGGUGGGCGCAGUUCUUCAUUUGUCCACUGAUGAUCAAAGAUGCCAUUGACAGGGAGGUAGAGGCCGUUGACAGCGAGUUCCAGCUGGCGAGACCAUCUGACUCUCACCGUAAGGAGAUGCUCUUCGGCAGCCUGGCUAAGCCCAACCACCCCAUGGGCAAGUUCUGCUGGGGAAAUGCUCAGACAUUGAAGCAUGACCCCAGAGAAAAGAAUAUCGACACCUACGAGCGUCUCCGCGAGUUCUGGAAGAGACACUACUCCGCUCAUUACAUGACCCUUGUCGUACAGUCCAGAGAGACUCUGGACACGCUGGAGGAGUGGGUGAGGGAGAUCUUCAGCAAUGUCCCCAACAAUGGCCAGAUCAAACCUGACUUCUCACACCUCCUGGACCCUUUUGACACCCCAUCCUUCAACAAACUUUACAGAGUGGUACCUGUGAGGAAGGUCCAUGCCCUCACCAUCACCUGGGCGCUGCCUCCACAAGGGAAGCACUACAGGGUGAAGCCUCUCCAUUACAUCUCGUGGCUGAUUGGUCAUGAAGGAGCCGGCAGCAUACUCUCGUUGCUGAGGAAGAGGUGUUGGGCUCUGGCUCUGUUUGGUGGCAACAGUGAAACAGGCUUUGACCAGAACACCACCUACUCCAUCUUCAGCAUCUCCAUCACUCUGACGGAUGAUGGCUUCCAAAACUUCUACCAGGUGAUUCACCUGGUGUUCCAGUACCUGAAGAUGUUACAGACUGCUGGUCCCCUGCAGAGAAUUUAUGAAGAAAUUCAGAAGAUUGAAGCCAAUGAGUUUCAAUACCAAGAGCAGACGGAUCCCAUAGAGUAUGUGGAGAACAUCUGUGAGAACAUGCAGCUGUUUCCCAAAGAGGACUUCCUGACUGGAGACCAGCUCAUGUUUGAGUACAACCCUGAGGUGAUAUCAGCAGCCCUGAGCCUGCUGACCCCAGAGAGGGCCAACGUGCUGCUGCUGUCACCUGACCACGAAGGCUACUGCCCACUGAAGGAGAGGUGGUUCGGGACACAGUACAGUGUUGAAGACAUCGAACAGGAGUGGAGAGACCUCUGGGCUGGAGAUUUUGAGCUCAACUCAGAACUUCACCUCCCUGCAGAGAACAAGUUUAUAGCCACUGAUUUCUCCCUGAAAACAUCUGACUGUCCCGACACAGAAUACCCUGUCAGAAUCAUCAGCAGUGAGAAAGGUUGCCUCUGGUUCAAGAAGGACAACAAGUUCAAAAUUCCCAAAGCUUAUGUACGUUUCAACCUACUGUCUCCUGUGAUUCAGAAAUCUCCUGUGAACCUGGUGCUGUUUGAUAUCUUUGUGAACGUCCUGGCCCACAACCUGGCAGAACCGGCCUAUGAGGCGGAUGUGGCUCAGCUGGAGUACAAGCUGGUGGCAGGGGAGCAUGGCAUGAUGAUAAAGGUCAAGGGCUUCAACCAUAAGCUACCUCUGCUGUUGAACCUGAUCGUGGACUACCUUGCAGACUUCACUGCAGAGCCAGAUGUCUUCUCCAUGUUUGCAGAGCAGCUGAAGAAGACUUACUUCAACAUCCUAAUCAAGCCGGAGCGGCUGGGAAAGGAUGUGAGGCUUCUGAUCCUGGAGCACAGCCGCUGGUCCACAAUGCAGAAGUACCAGGCCGUCAUGAAGGGGCUCAGCGUCACCGACCUGAUGGCCUUCGUCGCCAGCCUCAAAUCUGAGAUGUUCGUGGAGGGGCUGGUGCAGGGCAAUUUCACCAGCGCUGAAUCAGUGGAGUUUCUGCAGUAUGUUGUCGACAAACUGCAGUUCAAGAGUUUAUCAGAAGAGGUCCCUGUUCUCUUUAGAGUGGUGGAACUGCCCCAGAAACACCACCUGUGCAAAGUCAAGUCACUCAAUAAGGGAGACGCCAAUUCUGAGGUCACCGUCUACUACCAAUCAGGGCUGAAGAACCUGCGAGAGCACACCAUGAUGGAGCUGCUGGUGAUGCAUAUGGAAGAGCCCUGCUUUGACUUCCUUAGGACCAAAGAGACACUGGGGUAUCAAGUGUACCCCACCUGCAGGAACACCUCUGGUGUUUUGGGCUUCUCCAUAACAGUAGAGACACAGGCCACAAAAUUCAACACUGAAGUAGUUGAAAUGAAGAUUGAAGAGUUCCUGGUCAGCUUUGGGGAAAAGCUGGCCACUCUUACAGCUGAAGCUUUCAAAACACAAGUGACAGCCCUAAUAAAGCUGAAGGAGUGUGAGGACGCUCAUCUAGGGGAAGAGGUGGACAGGAACUGGUUUGAAGUGGUCACCCAGCAAUAUGUCUUCGACAGGCUCAGCAAAGAGAUCGAGGCUCUAAAGCUAAUCACCAGGGCAGACCUGGUGUCCUGGUUCAUGGAGCACAGGAACAAAGGCAGCAGGAAGCUCAGUGUGCAUGUGGUGGGUUAUGGAGAGGAGGAGAAUGACCCCCCUCUAGAGGAGCCAGGCAAUACAGACCCAGAGGAGGGCGAGAAAACCUCCUUGUACGGAGAAGUGUCCAAGCUCAUCUUCCUGCCCGCCUCUCCCUUGCUGGCCGAUGCCACAGUGAUCACAGACAUCCGCACCUUCACGUCCUCCCUAACUCUCUAUCCCUACCACAAGAUACUGAAAUAGAAGGGGCACCAUUGCAGUGUUGGUCCGAUGGCUGGAAACAGCAGGGGACAUAUACAAUACAUUUGACCCUGCUGGCACAACUGCUGUUGAGGGAAAGUGAAAUGUGGUGAACCGUACCCCUCUCCUUUCUCUCUAUCUAACUUAGAAAGGGGUCAAUGGCAAUGGACUCUGUCAUCAACCUUGUGUUCACAGCCCUGUACUUUAGCAGAGCUAAAAAACUGCUACAGUAGAUUUUUUCCCUUCAACCUCUGAUUAAAAUCACAAUUUAGGCAGAAGUAAACAUUUGAAAUUAGGGAGCGAAUAGCCAUCAGGAGUGGAUGGAGAGGAAAAGGGAUGUGAAGGGGAGGUUUUCUGAUGUCUUGAUUUGAUUAGCUUCUACUGUUGGUUGAAUGUCAAGUCAAGGACACAGCCUACACUGAAAAUAGCUGAAUUGUGUGUAUUUGAUCGAUGGGUGAGCGAUAAAUGUGCAGUGUUAUACUAAUAUGCAAUGGGAUCAGACAGCUAGAAAUAAAAAAGUGUGUUGUAAUGGGAGCAGAAGACUAUGUAAACCAGAUAGGAAGUGGUCAUCAGCAUGGUAUGCCGUGGAAGUUUUGACCAACUUUAAUAUUUUAGCUUAAUUUGGUUGUGAACACUAAAUGAGCUGAGCCUGACCAAACUGUGUGGCUGUGGAC